AUGGCUGGGUCAGGCAGAGGAAGAGGACGUGCUGCCUUUACCUUCAACAUUGAGGCUAUUGGCUUUACUAAAGGUGCAGCUCUGCCUGAUGUUGCGUGUACCCCUCCACCACCAUUUCCUAGUACAGACAAUAAGCCAGUGCCUCUGAAAACAGGAGAAGAUGAAGAUUACAUGUUGGCCUUAAAACAAGAUCUUAGAGGAACUAUGAAAAAAAUGCCAUAUUUUUUGGCAGUAGAAGAAGAUCGUGAAGUAAUUGAGAGGUACAGUAAAAAGUACCAGGACAAUGAAAAGGAGCAUGCAGCAUGGACCCCAGACUGGAGAAGACUGCCAAGAGAGAUGAAGCCAAAGAAAAAGACCAGAAAAGCAGGUGCAAAACCAAAAAAGGCAAAAAGCUCUGAGCCUAAAAGUAAUCUGGAUGUGUUGAAAAAAAUUGAGGAGUUGGAAAAAAAGGAUGAUGAAGAAAAAUCUGAAGAUGAGAAAGACCAAACAAAAGACAAAGAAGGUGAAGAUGAUGAAGAAGCAGAAGAACCAGAGGAAUACGAUGAAGAAGAGCAUGAAGAGGAAAAUGACUACAUUUCUUCGUAUUUUGAAGAUGGAGAUGACUUUGGUGCUGGCAGUGAUGACAAUAUGGAUGAAGCAACGUAUUAG